UAUAAAGUAUAAAUAGAAACAAUUUGUUAAUCACAAUCUAAUUGUUCACCAUUCAGAUAACAUUGAAAAUCUCAAAUUAAACUUUUGUUUCUAAAAAUUUUAUCGAAAUGAAAAUUUUCGUUGUUAUUUGUGUUCUUGCAUUGGCUGGAUUAUCGUCAGCUACUUUAUCAAGAAGACGACAAAGACAAGCUUAUGAAUCUGGUGUAGUUUCUGGUAUCGGAAUCGGUAAAUCAAUUCGAGGACGAGGUGAUGGUCAAGGUAAUGCUGGUGCCAAUGCCGGUGCUGGUUCUGGCGCUGGUGGUGCUAAUGCCAACGCAGGUCUUAGUGGAGGACGAGGUCCAGCCUCAGCUGGAGCCAAAGCAAGCUCAGAAUUGACCAACUCUGGUAACGUCAAUUCUUAUCGAAACGAUUUGGACAGAUCUCGAUCAUCAGGCUCUGGUUUCUACGAUAACAACCAAGCUUCACGAGGUUUCGACAAUUCUGGUUCAUCUUUCAACAACGAAAAUGACCGAUUCAAUAGACAACCUGGUUUCAACGGUGGUUUCGAUUCUGGUUCUAUUGAUCGAUCAUCUGGUUCAAAUUACCGAAACACUGGUUUCGAUAAUAGUGCUUCUCAAAAAGGUGGAUACAAUUUCGACAAUGACCAACUUCGAUCUUCACAAGCUGGAAUUGAUUCCAAUUACUUUAAUCAAGCCAAAAAUAACGCUGAAGUUUAUGCAAGACGAAAUUAAACUGUAACCUAAUCAAUAAUGAUUCUCAAAAAUAAACUGAAU